CUUCUUCCAACGUCGUCUCGUCCCUUGAACUCCCUCCAUCUUCUAAACCUUCCUGCCUCAUCACCCACCCCACCUCAUUUUUUGUCCUGACCACCACACCACCAUACUAUCGGCAAAGGAUAGGUAUCGUCGGAUCCAUCGAGAACUGCCUGGCCACUGCCUGAGUGACAACACUGUCGUCUCCUUGUAGAUGGAGACGGCUUCCCGCAUCGAAGGCAACUGAGAGCGUACAGUACCUCCACAUUGGAACAAUGGAAGAGUCCUCCUCUCCAAGGGUUCCGAUGGAGCGGUACACUGUUACGGUCACUCCUCCGGGAGCUGCACCAAUUCGUCUCUUGAUUCCCUUCCCUCCCAGCUCUUCCAUCUCUGCACUGACUGCCGAGGUAAAGAGACGAGCUUCUCGCGCUGGCCUUUCGCCUGACGCGUCCGAGCUUGUCCUCCAUCUUGGAGACGCUAUGGGUCCUCUCCUUGACGAAGAGGAUCUCUUGGAAGAUGUCAUCGUCGACUCCAAGACUGAAUCCAUCACCGCAACACCUCGAAAUGAUCCAACUUCCAUGGGACCUGCGCCACCUUUAGAACCAAAUCACACUCCUGUUCAACAGGCACUGCCGAGUACAUCAAGCGGCCAAGAAGUGAAAGUCCGCGUGAUCACACCCGUUUAUGCUAGGGCUCACAGGGACAUCCGAGCAGUUCCUCUCUUGACUUGUGCCACGAUCACACGGAAGAGUACUCUCCGAGAACUCAAAUUCCAGAUAUCCAAUCACCUUCAGAUCCCUAUCUUGGACGCUGCUCAACCUAUUCAAGAGUGCAAUUGUUCUUUUGCUAGACAAAUCGACGAACGUGCUCUCCGUAAUGACACUCGCUCCCAAAUACUUGAUGGAUAUCUUCCCAAUGCGGCACACAAGUUCAUCGUUGUUUAUGGCCAGAGCCGAGUAAAAAUCCUCGAAACCGAAGCCACAGAUAAGAUAUCUCUCGUGGAGGCAGUUCGUGGGGAGCUUCGUGGAGAUAGCAGAAAUAAGGAGAUUAGCUUCAUCGGAGGGACCACAUUGCCAAACGCCAGCAAUAGGUACUCCAAGCUGCCUGUGCUUUCAGUCUGUUCCUUGCUCAGACAUGAGCAAUCGAAAUCGAGAGCUGAUCAAAGCCUUAAUGAUCGGUCCGACCUUGACCUGCACACAUCCGAAGCACCGAUUGAGAUCUCGAGUUUGAACAUAGACCUUACCAUCGAUGAAUUGGGCCUGACGGAGUACGCGGUCAAUGGCGUUCUUGAUAUCUACGUCGUCGAACGCAGGAUUUCAGCACGAAAUGGUGACGUGGAGUCGGGCAAAGAUGCAAUCUUCGUGAAAGGCAGUGCUUGGAUCCAUCCUAUUCCACAAUCUAUGCGAGGACUGGCUAUGCUGCUCUCUUCACUCCGAGUAUUCACCGAUAGAAUCGGAGCAAAGAAGAUGGAGCAUCCAACUCAAGAUGCGGUUUUGCACAUUUUCAACCUGCUCACCAGAUUCCCUCCUGCCGUCCGAACCAUUCACAUCCUUAUGAAUGGCAAGUCACCACGUCCCUGCGAGCGAGCUGCAUUGGCGCAGUCAUUGUACGAGGUUCUCAAGGAUGUGGUUCCUGCUCAGCUUAUUAAGUCAGACAUGACUAGACUGUUCGAGGGAGCUCGCCUUCUGUUCGGAUUGAUUCUGGAGAAAGCAAAGCAUCUGAAACUCAAAGAAGAUGUUCAGAUGCCUUACAUCUCUUCUCUGAAGGUCCUCGAUCUGCGAAACACUUUUACAAUGGAGCCGAUCGCGAAUGCAGUUCAGACCCCGUUUGGACUUGUUGAGGAGGGCUAUUACGAAGCCUUCAAGGAAGGCGGCAUUCUCUAUUGGGAGACAGGAGAGCAGCCAUUGGUGGCAUUGCAAUUGGAUGAACGUACUCGGAGAGUCUCUUUACUCUGCGGUGGACUGAUCUCUCAAAUCACUGCCCUCGACCUGAACAUUCUCAAUUCCAUCGCUGGCUACGCAAAGAAAGGAGACGUUGAUAGCCUGAUACCACCCCGAGAAUUGUCGGAUUUGAAUCAUCUUUCGGCUCUCUGUUCGAGAAAUGAACUAUCAGUUCUUGCCCCAUCAACGCUACCCUCUGCUGAGGCCCCCGCUUUGACACUCGAUCGGGAUGGCCUUCUCGCUGUGUACGUAGGCAGAGCGCCUUGCGCGCAGCCCGGGAAGGAUAUCUCAAUCUUCCGCCCCACCAAAGGAGGGGAGGAGACUAUCGAUGUUGCGAUUAUCACCCAACUCUUGGUUCCGAUCCUGGAGAAACGCGAGGCAGAAGGUACCGCAAUUUUCGAUGCCUUUGGUGACGGCUUCCAACGAAAAUUCAAAACCCCGGACGAAAUUGUUAUGGUGUGCGUCGAUUGUUCCAGUAGUAUGUCAGAAAACACGGACUUCAUGGAAAUUCGAGACGAGGACAGCGAAGACGAAGACCAUGCCGAGGACAGUGACGAUUCUAUGGACAUGGGCGAUCAACCCCAGCAAGGAAAUGCCGCCGACGGAACUUCCUAUUUCUGUGCUACCCUCGAUGAGAUGAAGAAGGCCAUAUCCGAACACGAGUCCUUCCUCGACAUGCUCUGUAUUGUCCACGAUAGUCAUGGGUCAACGCGUCGGGACGUUGCUUGCAAGGUUCUGGAGAUUCUGAGUGGUCUUGCUUCGCAAGAAUUGUCAAAGAGCCUUCAACGCCUUGAAGAUCUCAAGAAACGAGUCACAAUUGCGUUCUAUCGAGCUCAAGCCGCGAAUGUUGAAUCCGAAAUCACCAAGUUGAAGACCUUCACCGCGGGAUUGAAUAUCCAUCGACAAGCUCUCGCCGACUUCCUUAUCUAUCGUUCGUCAAAUAUGGAGGUUUUCGACAAUCAAUGGACCUGGACUGUUGGCAGUGCGAUUCCAAAGAUUCCGAAGAAAUCCCCCGAUAAUUCGCAGAAUCUUCUUCUCAACGAACAGUUCUCCGUCCCCGAUGAGUUCUUAUGUCCAAUCUCACGCGAGGUGAUGGAUGACCCUGUUCUUGCAAGUGAUGGCUUCACUUUUGAGCGCAACGCAAUCGAGAGAUGGUUUCAGAUCCGCAAAUCCUCUCCCCUCACUGGACUUGUCCUUGACAAUACUGGCUUGAGAGCCAAUGGACAACUGUCCAAUCAGGUCAAGGAUUGGAUCAAUGGAAGUGACCUAAUCCAGUCGUCUCCCAUCCAGGAUUCUACUCGCUCCUCCUUCAGGACCAGAUUGUCAUCUGGUUCCCAGCAUAUGAUGACUAUUCGGUUUUUCAGCCGCCUUGGUACAUUCAAUAGACAAGUUCCUCGAACCCUACCGAUUAACACCCUCUAUCGUCUUGCAUUUCGAGGAAUGAAAGGCCGACACACCAAAUUCGAGUUGCAUUUCAAGAAUACGCUUCUUGAACCAUCCGAGAGCACAUUGGCGUCUACGAAUAUCCGCAAUAACAACAUGAUUCACAUCGACGUUCCUGAAACCAGAUCACCAAAUGCCCCACCGCUCGAAGCCGCUGACGCCGACCUUGAGGAGCUUUGCCUCAUCAAGGCCUAUAGGCAACACGAUCAUAUGGCCUUCUCGUACUGGAUCCCACGUAGAACCACUAACACUUUUGCGUCCGUUAUCUUCAAAUACUGGAGACAUCUUUUCAAGACUGAAUCCCGGCAAUAUAUUUAUGAUCUGGUGCCCUGGACUGGCAUGACUGACCAAGGAGAUAGCCAUUUGAGCGGAACCCCUCACGAACACUGGGAUAGGCUUUCGGGGUUCCUCAAUCUACGCCAUGCUACGGGACAACUCAAGAAUGAAAAUCUAUGUGGUUCUGAUUCCCCUGACACGUCAGACGAUGACGAUCUCUAUGGUAUAGAGGAUCAGCGUGUCGCCUCUCCUCUUGUGCUCAAGAUUUGGUUGGGUGGAAAGCCAAAGAGUACAAACAAGUCAGGCAAGAACCUUUCAAGGCUCGACGUUCUGAAGUCCAUGUUCGAUGCCUUUGUCAAUCGUCUCUUGGCGUACAACUACCAAACUCAUAUGGGAUUGAUCACCUUUCAGACUUCCGCAACAGUUUCACAGAACAUAACCCAUGCCAUCGAGAACUUUCGACACAAGGUCAACGGGAUGAAUGCUCGUGGUGAUACCGCUUUGUGGGACGCUCUAGCCCUUGCAAAUGACCAACUCUCCGAAUAUGCACAGAAGUUUCCCAACGCUAAGAAGAGAAUUAUCUGCAUAUCUGAUGGGGAGGACACUAAGUCGAAGCAGCGCAGCAGCGAUGUAUCUUGGAGCCUUUUUCAAAACAAAGUCGUAGUCGACUCUUUCUGUCUCGGACACGAAGACAAUGUUGAUCUGAGAACAAUCUCGUAUCUCUCUGGUGGAUACAAGUUCACCCCGCAAUCUCUCGAACAAUCGAUGCUCUUGUGUGAGAUGGAGCCUGUCCUCAAUCAACUCGAGCGACCUCCGAUCGGCCCUCCUCGUGAAGCCCUUAGUCACAAUUAUGACCCGCAUUUGCGAUUUGUUUUUGCGAGGGAUAAGGCGACCCCAGAAGUUGUCACUGCGGAUAUCUUUCCACAGCGGAAGGAGCAUCCGAACGUCAACGAUCACUUUGUUCAGUUGGCAACCGUGGCUGGCAACAAUGCAGGCAAGCUGAAUAAUGGAUCUGAGUCGGUAAAUGCCCACUCCAAUUCGAAUCUGCGGACCUCGAGGAUUCUCGUCGAGAUCCGGAACAUCGUCGCCAACCCUCAUCCUCAUUAUGACGUCUAUCUGUCCGAGUCAAACAUGUCUUUCUGGAAGGUUGUUAUGCAAGGCCCCCCAGAGAGCGCUUACUCAACUGGCACAUUUGUCUUGUACAUUGACAUGGAAGAGGACUACCCCGCGUUCCCGCCAAAAUGUCGAUUUACCACACCGAUCUAUCAUCCAAAUAUCAAUCGACAUGGCAAAGUUUGUCACAGUAUCUUGGAUCGCAACUGGACCUCGGAUACUUCCAACCUCCAGUUGAUCAACACGAUCUACUCUCUCCUUCUCGUCCCAGAGUUCUCCGAUCCUGUCAAUUCGGUCGUCACCUUGAACUUUCAUUGGGACGAAGUCGCGUUCCGUGAUGAGGCUAAGGAGCAUAUUCGCAAGUACGCGACGAAGAGUCGAGAAGCCUGGAAGGCGGAGCUUCUCGCUGAGUAAGUUUCGGAAAGCGGACUGCGACUGAUGCUGGUGGAUCAUCUUAUCUUGCCAUUCGUUUUCCUUUCGCGUUGGGUCUCGGCACUACUCGGAUGGUGUCUCUUUUCAUAUUCCUUUUGCUUUUGUCUCUCGGUAUGUCAGGGGAAACUUUGCAACAGAAACGGAAGUUGUCUUUCGUCAUAUGACAAUAAGCAGCUACGCUUUCAUUUCUGGGCGAAUUUCCUAGGUGGGUUCGGUAUCAGGGUCAGGUAAGGACGGAAAAUAGGGAGUGCAAUCGUGUGCUCAUGUCUCCGGGGAUGGGUAAGCUUGCGAACUUUAGCUAGAGGGAAAUGAGAAUCUAGCCAACCAGAGGCCUCGCUAGGUAGAGGCGGUUUCACCCAAUCAGACCCAGUGUGUCAAAUGAUUUAGUUUGAUUUGAUUAUAG